AAAUCAAGGCGUGCGUACGGAUUAAAAAAUUAUUUCAAUUACGGUUAAAAAAAAAAAAAAAUACAAAUAGACAAAUACGUCCUAAUUUCUUUAGUAACGUGAAUUAAACUCAAGUUCAUAAGAAAAAUAUCUGUAAAUAAUAAUUAUAAAAAAAUAAAUAAAACGUGAGAUUACAAAAAUUGGGAUUUUAUUUUGAGAACUGAAGAAAAAAAGAAAAACUAUGACUACCUCAAUUACAAGUCUCCUGCAAACUUUACGUAUUGUGCCUACAGCUGGACAAAAGCAGAAAGCUCAGCAGCCUCCCCUCAAAGUUUUAACCGCUCAAAAAGCUGCAUUACCAGAAAUUAGCCUCGAUGCUGUAGCUCAACAUGAUGACUAUUGCGAUUGCUGGGUAGUAAUCUAUGAUCGUGUGUAUGAUCUAACUAGUUUCUUACAAGAUCAUCCCGGUGGCGCCGAUGUUAUAAUGGAUUAUGCGGGACGUGAUGCUACUUUGGCUUUUCAUGGCACCGGUCAUUCUCGUGAUGCCAUUGAACAAAUGCGUGAUUAUUUGAUUGGUGAAUUACCCGAACAUGAGAAAAUAUUUCGCUGUACGAAUGGUCAAGUCAUAAAGACUGGUAUACCUGAAUAAAUUUAGUAAAUAGUGAAUAGAAUUUUGAUUAAGAAAACCAAAAUUUUAAAAGCUUAUAAUCUUAAGGAGCUCACUUUACUUUCAUAUUGAUAUGAUCAGUUUAAGGAUUAUUAACUUAACUCUACUUGAAAUGUUCCUGACUUAUUUCUAUGUAAAUUUUAGUUGAAAUUCUUAAUAUUUUCCAGGCUGUUUGUCUUGUAAAGUUGGCCUCAAGAUCUAUCUUAGUAUUUUAUAACGAUUGCAUUUCUUGUCAUUUCCUAUUAUUGUCUUGACUAUAUAUUUUAUUUCUACUCAUAAUUAUCUUGCUUCAAUUAUAAUUUGAAUUGUGUUAAUUUAUUUAUUUUAUUAUAUUUUCUUACGUAUUUAUUUAAAUAAGUGUUUUUAGUUAGUUUUUAAUCAGCAUUUUCUAGUUUUAAAUUUUAAUGAUCUAUUUUGUACUUAUUAUACGCACAUGUAAUAAAUUAAUUUUUAGUAUUAAUUUAAUAUUAAGAUUUAGUUGUAUAUUUUUUCUUAAUUGAUUAUUUAAAUACAAAAAUAAAAUUAUAAUUCAUUGAAUUAUUUAAUAAAUCAAUUUCAGAA